GCCUAGUCCACGACAGAGUGACAGGUCGAUGGUCCAAAACAGUGAAGAAAAUGGAGAUGAAUUCUUUUAUUUUUUGCACUUUUUAGCAGAUCGAUCUCGACAUAUCAAAUAACUGAACCGUGCUUUAUUCUGCCAGUGAUAACUCUUUACAAUGGCAGAUAAACAAGCUAGUGUGGAGGCUAGCUUCUUGCAAUCCAAACUUGGUGAUUUAGACAUUGAGACACUUCAAAAACUUCUCCAAACAGCUAUUGCUAAUAAAGCAAAAGAACCAGAACCUAGUGGAGUGGUCACCCCCACUCUGCCAAUUACCUCAACUGAUGUGAUCACCCCCUCUCCACCAAGUACCAUUUCAACUGAUGUGGUUGCCCCCAUUCUGCCAAGCACCACCUUAACUAAUGUGGUCACCCCCUUUCCACCAAGCACCACCUCAAUUGAUGUGGUCACCCCCACUCUGCCAAGUACCAGCUUAGCUGAUGAGGUUGUCUCCACUCCACCAAUCACCACCUCAACUGAUGUGGUCACCCCCACUCCACCAAUCACUACCUCAACUGAUGUGGUCACCCCUACUCUGCCAAGUACCAGUUUAGCUGAUGAGGUUGUCCCCACUCUACCAAGCACCACCUCAACUGAUGCAAACCAAACUGUAAAUAAUGGCAUGACAGAAAUGAACGACGAAAUUGAAAGCAACAAACCAAUAGUUGCUGGGAGCUCAGAAAUGCCAUUUAAUGGUGGUUAUGAUGGCAAUGAACAAGCUCAGAUUAUGGCAGAUGAGGAUUUUUCUCCUGGCAAAGAUUUCUCCCAAGAUACUCCACCCAAUGACCAGGAAAAAGGAAGCUACUUUGUACCAACUCAAGUAACUAAUGCAGAUCAGCAAGCCAUUGGAUUACCCAAUUCUCCAAACACUCCGACAGUCAAUCUUCAAGCAUUGAAAAUAUAUGAAGAUGAUGAUGCUGAAGAACUUACAAGCCAUGUAUCCGAGAAAAAAGCAAACUUUGCAUCAACUUCAAGCCAAAGUUCUACACUAGUAGACACUAACCAGUUCGCUGAUUUUGUUGACCAGGAUGGGCAGGGUAACUACCUUGAGAAAACUUUCCUGGAUGAUCAGCAAAAUGCACCAUUGAAUCAAGCAUCAACAAGUCAAGACCCCAAGAAUGUUCCAAGUCAGAUGUACAUCCAGCCCAAACAAACCCUAUUCAAUACCCAGUGGACUACACCUUCAAACACAAUUGGCAAGCUUGAUCAAAAACCAAUUCUUGUCUCAGCAGAACAACAAACUAUCCAACCCUCAACCAACCAGUUUAAUUUACCAUUAGAUCGACCACUAGCUGGUUUUGACCAAGAAUUCCAAACAGCUCCUAGUCCAAUGUCGAUUUCAUCCAGUAACUCUCUAGAAGAUGUUCCAUCCAAAGAUUUUCCAUCUGUGGUACCACCUUUGUUAAUACCAAUAUCCAAGGUUAGCCAGUACCUUCCUGAUGGGACAGCCAUUUUAAACACAGAAUCAAGGAUACCUCUUGCCUUGAAACCUGUCAUUGUAUUAAAAAAUGAAGUUGCUCUGAUGGUGUUUGAACGAGAUGAUGGUUUGUGCAAUGGAUGUGAAAAAGUUCUUGAACAACAGGACUUGCAAGACCUGAAGGAGAAGCAUACCUUGAAACUUCGGAGAAGUCUUGUGACUUAUUCAAAACAACAGCCCCCACAGCUGAGGCAGAAUAAUGAACCAGUCGAACCACUUCAUCAGCAAUCUGGUUCAUAUGUUAGUGAAGCAAAGCCUCGAGUACAGGGACAAAACAACUUGCAAGCAAGCCACGCCUUGUCGCAGCAACAACUAGCAAAUGAUUCAGGAAAUCUCCAAGGACAGCAACCCCAAAAGCAUGACCAACAAGCAUCACAGCAAUGGCAUCUGGCUGAUGAGACACUUCAUCAGCAGCAACAACAACAACAGAUGCAGCAACAACAACAACAACAGAUGCAACAACAACAACAACAACAACAGAUGCAG